GUGCUGGAGGGAGGGGGCGGGGGUGGCCCAGUGCAAAGUGCAUCCCGCAAGCCCCCUGUCCGGAGACCCUACGGCUGGCACUUCGGACCUUGAAUGACCUGGGACCUAGCUGUCCCGAGACCUCCUGGGUCCCUUCGUAGCUGGAAGCCUCUGGCCCGGAACGCGGCAGCCCCCUGCUUCGAGCCCCUGGACCGGGACUGCCCCCCCACAACCCGAGCCGGGACUUCCUCCCUGCACCCCUGCCCGGAGGCUGCCCGGCGGCCAGGACCGCCACCUCCCGCCUGCUCGGCUGUCUGGAUGCUCUCUGUGCUGGGGCCGUGAGGCACCGAGGAAGAUCAGGAACACCCGGGUCCGGCCCUGUCUGGGGUGUUUCUUCAAUGGAGAAGUUGGUGAGUGUGGAAGAGGCUGAAAGGAGGAAGAGAAACAGCAGCUGAGGAGACAGGUUUGAGCUGGCUAGAGAAGACAGGAAAGCUGGAAGGGGUCUGCCCACCCACCAGACAAGCAGCAGAAACAGUGCCUCUGACCAGCAUCCUCUGUAAAGGUUAAGAAGGCUUUGUUGCUGUGCAGUCUGGGUGCACCCUGAGCCCCCUCCCCACAAUGCUGUAUGUGCACAAUGGUUAUUAGGCAAUCCACACAUCAAGAGAAGGGGCAUUCUUCCGUAAGGUAAGGCUUAUCCCUGUGACCUAAUGAAUCCUUUGUAAAAACUGGACUCAGCUAGGAUGUUACACCACCAUUGUCGAAGGAACCCUGAACUCCAGGAAGAAUUGCAGAUUCAGGCUGCAGUAGCCGCCGGGGAUGUUCACACAGUACGAAAGAUGUUAGAACAAGGCUAUUCUCCGAAUGGCCGAGAUGCUAAUGGCUGGACCCUGCUACAUUUCUCUGCAGCAAGAGGAAAGGAAAGAUGUGUUCGGGUAUUUCUAGAACACGGAGCCGAUCCCACAGUUAAGGACUUAAUCGGAGGCUUCACAGCUCUUCAUUACGCAGCCAUGCAUGGCCGGGCCCGGAUUGCACGCUUGAUGUUAGAAUCUGAAUACAGGAGCGACAUCAUUAAUGCAAAAAGCAAUGAUGGCUGGACUCCCCUCCAUGUGGCUGCCCACUAUGGUAGGGACUCAUUUGUCCGACUUCUCCUGGAGUUCAAGGCUGAGGUCGACCCACUCAGCGAUAAAGGUACAACGCCGCUUCAGCUCGCCAUUAUCCGAGAGAGGUCAAGCUGUGUCAAAAUCCUCCUGGACCACAACGCCAACAUCGACAUUCAGAAUGGCUUCCUGUUGCGAUAUGCUGUGAUCAAAAGCAAUCACUCUUAUUGCCGCAUGUUCCUUCAGAGAGGGGCAGACACAAACUUGGGCCGCUUAGAAGAUGGACAGACUCCUUUACACUUGUCUGCCCUUAGGGAUGAUGUGCUUUGUGCACGGAUGUUAUAUAAUUAUGGAGCGGACACGAACACAAGGAACUAUGAAGGACAGACCCCACUGGCUGUUUCAAUAAGUAUUUCUGGAAGUAGUCGACCAUGUUUGGAUUUCUUACAAGAAGUCACAAGACAGCCCAGAAACUUGCAGGACCUGUGCCGAAUUAAAAUUCGACAAUGUAUAGGCCUUCAAAACCUAAAGCUACUUGAUGAACUACCAAUUGCCAAGGUUAUGAAAGACUACUUAAAACACAAAUUUGAUGAUAUCUGAUAUACCAGAACUGUGAGCAAGAUUAGGAGUUAUAUUCCAGAUACUUAAAAGGCUUUUUGCCUUGCACAAAGUAUAUCCUAUGCAAUUUCUGAUUUGCUGUGAAGUCAGAAAGCAGGUAUACACUUUUAGGUUUUCUGUUUGUUUGUUUGGUUUUCAUUGUAGGGGAGGGAUUUUUUUAUAUAUAUAAACACACACACAC